UGUUUAAUUUUAGUAUAAAUAAUUAACAAUUUACCAAGUCAGUGCUCCACCAUUUCCUCUCACCACAAUCUCUCUCUUUCUUUUGUUUUUUUUUUUUGGGUGUGAUUUUAUUCACACCAAAAAAAGUCAGCGCCGUCCUUUGUACCCAUUCUUCUCGUAACCCAGCUUCUUAUUCAAAUCGGCAAAGAAAACAGUAGAAAAAAAAAGACAGGCAGACAAGAGAAAUCAGGUUAGUUUAGGCGAGAAUUUCUAGGCAAUACUAUAAACCCAAACCCCCCUAAAAUAUUGGCUCGAAUGGCAGAAGAUUGGGAUCUGUACGCAGUGGUUCGGAGUUGUAAAUCGACCACUACGACGUCGUCUUCGGCGGCGGUCUCAGCCUCAUCCACCGCCUCUGCCGCUGCUGCCACCACAGACCCAAUGAAAGGUAGUCAAACGACGUCGUCGUCUGAGGACACUUUGUCUUGCUUGGCUUCGUUGACAUUUGAGGAGGAAAACGACCCGUUUUCGUUUCCUAACCUGGUGGCCGAGCCCAGAACCAACACUUUCGAGGAAUUGCAACAAUUCUACAAGCCCUUUUUCUCAAAUAAUAGCCCCACCACUAUAACGGGCACCACCACCACUACUGCUCAGGGUAUUAUUCCAAAUUCCCCCAUUUCUGAUUUUGGAGGAUCUAGUGGACAACACCUGCUACACUACCAAGAGCAACAUCAUCAACAGCAGCAGCAGCAUUUAGGGACUCCAAACGACGCCGCUGUUAGGCCUCAAUUCAUGCACCCACAGCCCUACAUUUCUGGUUUUGGUGGACUCCAUGGACGACGACACUACCAAUUGCGUGAACUAGACCGAAAUAAUCAAGUACCUGUACUGCUUCUCAAGCCUGAUCAUCGGGCCAAGGCCACUACUCCUACUACUACUUUACCUUUGCCUCCGUUUCAAUUGCCCACCAUGCCGAUAUCGCAUACACCCAGAUCGAGAAAAAGGAAGAAUCAACAGAAGAAAAUGGUGUGCCAUGUAUCUGCAGAAAAUCUCUCCACUGAUUUAUGGGCUUGGCGUAAAUACGGCCAAAAACCCAUCAAAGGUUCUCCUUAUCCAAGGAACUACUACCGUUGCAGUAGCUCAAAAGGGUGUGCGGCGAGAAAACAAGUGGAGCGUAGCAACACCGACCCAGAAUCGUUCGUCGUCACUUACACCGGAGACCAUACUCACCCUCGUCCAACUCACCGGAACUCACUCGCCGGAAGCACUCGGAACAAACUAUCUCCGCCUCCAAACAUUACUGCUAUCACAAAAAAGGAUAUUAUGGGUUCGGAUCAUUCGCCGUCGCCAACGCAAUCCACCUCAAAACUCUCUCCGACGACACAGCUUACGGUGGCGCAAACGGAAGAAUACGCAGCUGCAAAGCUACAGCUAGAGGAAAAUGAAAGUGGCGAAGGCGAUGGAGGUGAGAAGCAAAGCGAUGACAUUUUAUUGGAGGAGGAGUUAAUGGAUCUUGACGAAAACGAAGAAGACGAGGACGACGAUGACGAUGUUCUCAUCCCAAACAUGAGCUUAUCAGAAGACUUUUUCUUGGGCCUUAAGGAAUUGGGUUGUAGCCCACCUGGUGCUGCAUGCUGAUCUAACUAAAGUCCAAAUCUUUUUUACUUCCGGUUAUAGCAUUUCGUCGGAGCAACCGUAGCGGGUGGCUUCAGCCAAUAGGGUUUUUUCUUUUACUUUUUCUUUUAUUAAAAAAAAAUAGAAAUAGAGGUGAGAUUCUAAGAUUGUAUAGAAAGAUAUAGAAAGGAAUCUCUCCCUCUCCACCCACAUCAUCAUAGGGUUUUUUUUCCUUUUUAAUUUUUGUAAACAGAAUAGAAUACAUUAGGCUUUUUUUUCUA